CACCUAUCGGCAUUCUUUUUACUUAGGCUACAAUGCUCGCAGAAGACGGAUGAGUUUUGGCCAGAGGAAGCCGCCGUCGAGGGGCGUGGCGACGGGGCCGAGGUAGAAGCGCUUCGCGUGCUGUUACCAGUGGCUCCUCUUCCGUGAUCUGCUAUGGCGCAGCCGGUAACACUCAAUCUCAAUAACGAGGUUGUGAAGAUGAGAAAAGAAGUGAGGAGAACACGAGUCUUGAUCAUCAGAAAACUUGUCAGAAGCGUUGGCAGGCUGAGGUCCAGAAAGGGUACUGAAGAUGCACUGUUAAAAAAUCAGAGGCGGGCACAACGAUUGCUUGAAGAAAUCCAUGCCAUGAAGGAAUUGAAACCUGAUACAGUAACUAAAUCUGCUCUUGGUGAUGAUAUCAACUUUGAAAAAAUCUGCAAAAAGCCAGAUUCUACUGCAACUGAAAGAGCAAUUGCCAGACUAGCUGAACACCCUCUUCUGAAGAAAAAAGUAGAUACACUAAAAGCUGCUGUCCAAGCCUUUAAAGAUGCCAGACAAAAUGCUACUGAAGUUAAGAACACUACAGAAGAAAAUCAUUCUAAGGACACAUCGUAUUCAGUUGAUCACGAAAGUAAGGCACAGCUUGAAAGAACUAAGACCACUGAGCAGAAAGUGAAAGAAGCCAAAAUACAGGCAAAGAAACUAACAAAUAGUUCUAAAGAAAAAUUGCCCAAGAUGGAGCAUGGACCCAAAGCAGUGAACGUUCCACAUUCUCUGUUGAAGCUUUUAGAAAAGGAAUCUGUAGCUCCCCCUGAGUCCCAGAAGACACCUGCUGACCCAAACAUGAAAACAUUAAGUCAAAUAAAUAAAAAGAUAAGGUCGGAUAGCUUGCUUGGUGAUGACAGUGAUAGCCAUGAAGAAUUAUAUGAAGAAGAAAAGGAAUAUUUUGAUGACAGUACAGAAGAAAGGUUCUACAAACAGUCUUCCAUGUCUGAGGACAGUGAGAGUGGUGAUGACUUCUUCAUUGGGAAGGUCAGAAAGACACGGAAGAAGGAAAGUGGUUGCCAUACUUCAGCUAAGGAACAAAAACCUCUCCAACAAGUGUUACCCAGAGAAGAUGUACCUGAAACCCCCUGGGGUGGGGAUGUAAGAAACGACAGAAACAGGCCAAGUACAGAAGCCAGGAAGUUUGAGUCAGUGUUUUUUAACUCUUUAUCUGGAUCUAAAAGUUCUAGAAGAGAGCAUAGAGAACAAGCUCCAAAAAGCAGAACCUCAGAUUUUCCAGAAAAUGAACCUCCAAUUAAGAACCACUUUAACAAGAAUGCACAAAGAAUGCCAUUAAACAUGCCUCUUCAUCCUUCAUGGGAAGCAAGCAGAAAGCGGAAAGAACAGCAAUCUAAAAUUACUGUGUUUCAGGGGAAAAAGAUUACAUUUGAUGAUUGAUUAGUCCCUUUUUUGUGAACUUUCUACCUAAAAUAGAUUCCUUUUUUUCCCCCUAAACUAUUAUUUCAAAUUGUAUUUUUUAUUCUCUUUGGAGGGCUUAUAGAAUGUUUGCUUUUUAUUUUUUAAGUGAGUUUGUGUUAUAUAAGCCUUUUAUAAGUUGAGUACAUCCUUAAAUUCACUUUUAAUGGUAUGCACCAAGUUACUUCUUCCAUAAGAAAAGUAGGGGAUGAUAGCAAUCUAAGCUUUUUUCACUUGGGCUUAUCAUGAAGUGUAUUUUCCUAAUUCAGCUUUGAAACAUCAAGUUAUAGUUAAAGUAAUGAUGGAUACCCAUAGGAAAUCAUAAUUAUUUAAAAUAGGUCACCUUUGUGAUAAGUUAUUCUUGUUAGCAAGCCAAAACUACUAACUUUUAUUCUGGGUGUACAGAUAAUAUUAUGUAGAUAACUUUUUAUUAUAGUUUUAAUUAUUUGUGUUCACAUUUUCACUAUCCUAAAAUAUUUUUUCAGCACAGUGUUUGUUUCUUAAUUAUAUCUCAGUCAUUUAGGCAGAUUGUUUAAAUGUAGGAACACAACCAAAAGUCAGUUUUACAUUUUUGUUUGCCACAAAGAAAUGUGGCCACCUUUUUUUUUUGUACGGGUAAUCAAACUUUGGACCUUGCAUUUGCCAGGCAGGCGCUUGUGCCACUGAGCUAUAUCCCUGGCCUCAGUUUUAUAUUUUACCAUAUAGAAAUCAAGAAUAUGUAAUAUCCAGUUAUUUGACCAUUUAGUCUCAUAGAAGCAUUUUUUUUGAAUAAUAGUAGAUUCUAAUUUGCAGAACAAAUUCUAGAAGGAGGGGAAUCGAAAGCCUUUUCACUGACAGCUAAGUGAGGAAGUUAUGAGUUUACUCCCUGAGGAAGGGCUGCUAUAUAUAUAUAGGGUACUGUUAUUUAAAUGGAAAAGAAGAUUUUAAACUUACCUUCAAGUGUUUUGCUUUUUACUACUCUGUUAUUGAUUAAACGAUGCUAACUAAAUUCCAUGUUUACUCUUUUCUGUUAGUACUAAUAAUGGAAGGGAAGGUCAUCGGGCCAGCCUGAAUAUACCAAUUUUCAAGAAUUAUCUCUAUCUCUUUAAGAGUUUAAAAAUUUAGAUAACUAGGUCAAUGGAGUUGAAGAAAUUAUGCAGAAAGAAAAUUGUUGAGUGUAAUUGU